AGUAGACAUUUCAAACUCGCAAACAUAUUUUUCAGACGUGCUAAAGACGAAGUAUACACAGGCCCGUGAAAAUUCAACACUUCAACCAUAGAAAUGACGCUAAAAGUCUUUCAACGGAUUCCUGUCUUUGUGUGUCUAUGUUAUCUUAUUCAAUUAAGCAGUGCUCAGAUACUUAUUCUAGACAAUGAAAAUAUCCUGUUUGCCCCCAUACCGCGGCCCGCCAAAGAGAACGGCUUAUUCGAUGCCGAAUACACCCGCCUAAACAUUGGACCAACUGGUGUCGGUGACUUUGUAACAAGUAUAGACUAUGAUCCAAUUGAUCAAAAGGUCUACUAUGUGGAUCAGCGUCUGAAAGUCAUCGCACGUAUCAACGCUAAUGGUAGCCUCCCUGUGGAACAGGUCGCAAAACUAUCUGUUACACCAUAUUUCCUAACUGUUGAUUCGUUGAGGAGGCGCCUCUACUACACAGUCUCUUCGGAAAACAAAAUCUACUACAGAGAAUUGAACAACAUCUCAGUAGCUCAAAUAUUGCAGGGAGUUUACUUCCCAUCAGAUGCCACGGCAAUAAGAAUCGAAGUUGACGGUCCAGCCAGCGCUCUUGUCUAUUCAGCAAUCGGGUACAAUUUUCUAGUAGCAUAUCGGGCAGGUAGCCAGCCUCCGCAACGUAGAGGUUUGCUAUCCGAGGGUACAAGUACGUUUACGGUCGAACAGUGCGUAACUAGUGACGGUAAUCCCCCAGCCCGUGUGUAUUACAUCACCGACGCAAAAGAAUUGGGUUACGCGAAUACAUUCCAAAUUUGGCAUCGGAGCUUGAAAAUAUUUUCAGGCACAGAUUUGGUUCAACCAACCAUGGCUAAAUAUGGAAGUAAGCUCUAUUUCAUAGAUCUGGUUAACAAUACCACUAGACGGCUCUACGAAUACGACACAAAGAACUCCUCUGUCGAGAUAUAUGGUGCCAUCAACAUAACGCUAAAUACCGGUGCCACUAACUUGAUCACUCCAAGAUUUAUUCGCAUUGUCAACGUUAAUUAUACAGAACCCGUUUCCAUUGAGGGUUGUCCAAUGAGCAUCUCUGUACAAAUCAACAGUAGUUCCAUCAACUCCACACAACAGGUCUCCUGGACCGAGCCUACGUUGAAUGCUUGGUCCAACUGUGCUACUCUGGAAUUCCUCGGACCAGGAACGAAUGGGGGCAAUUUCAGCAAGGGGGUCUACAACAUAUCAUACGAAGCCAGUGAUUUGAAUGGAAACACAGAUACUUGUACCUUCAUGGUAACAGUCGAGGAAAUGCCUAACGACGAACCUACUACGGAAACUUCGCCAAGCAGUACUCCAUCUGAACCUUCUGAUGCUUCUACUACGGACGCUUCGCCCGGCAGUACUCCGUCUGCAUCUUCUGGUGUUUUUAACCCAGAUUCUUCAACCACCAGUCCACAAUCUCGGUCUUCUGGAGGUGGGAAUGCACCGUGUUCCAACGAGAACCCCCCUUCUGGAGGUGGCGUGAAAGCUUCGUGUACUUUCAUUCACUGGAUCUGUUCCAUUGCUCUUCUCGUAACCUUCUUCAAAUAGGCUUUACAUUGGUCAAUUUGUUUUGAUUGGUCACUUUUAUCGCGUACAUUCGUAAUUCCGAAGCUUAGUUAUU